AGGACGUAGAAUGUCAGCUGCCUCAACGCCCGAGAGUGACCUAAACCGGAUCUGAUUGGGGCCUUCAAUCCCUUCAGCCUGCGGGAGUGCCGGUUCGAGCGGACGCUUCUCCUUCUCUUCCCCCCCGCGAGCCUUCGCUUCUCUAGCCCGCGUUCAACAUGGCGCUGAGCGAUGCCGAUGUUCAGAAGCAGAUUAAACACAUGAUGGCUUUCAUUGAGCAGGAAGCCAAUGAAAAGGCAGAAGAAAUAGAUGCUAAGGCUGAAGAAGAAUUCAACAUUGAGAAAGGUCGACUUGUUCAGACACAAAGGUUGAAGAUCAUGGAGUACUAUGAAAAGAAAGAAAAACAAAUAGAACAGCAAAAGAAAAUUCAGAUGUCCAACCUGAUGAAUCAGGCAAGACUGAAGGUUCUCAAAGCAAGAGACGAUCUUAUUGCAGACUUGCUGAGCGAAGCCAAGCAGAGACUGGCUAAAGUAGUGAAGGAUACAGGCAGGUACCAAACCCUGCUGGAUGGCUUAGUACUACAGGGAUUAUAUCAAUUACUUGAGCCUAGAAUGACUAUCCGUUGCAAGAAACAGGAUCUUCCCUUAGUAAAGAAUGCAGUCCAGAAGAGUAUCCCAAUGUACAAAACUGCCACCAAAAAAGAUGUUGAUGUUCAAGUUGAUCAGGACAAUUUUCUUCCAGAAGACAUAGCUGGAGGUGUUGAAAUUUAUAACAGUGACAAUAAAAUUAAGGUAUCCAAUACACUGGAAAGUCGCCUGGAUCUCAUUGCUCAGCAGAUGAUGCCAGAGAUCCGGACAGCACUUUUUGGUGCCAACAGUAACAGGAAGUUCAUGGACUAAAUUCCCUGGAACGCUGGUGGAAUUCUCUUCCACCGUUGUGCUGAGGGGAAAUGCUGGAGCAUUUCCAAUAAAACCAUGUCCCUUCCCCUAAAAUGUACUACAUGCUCUCUAUUGUGUUACCUGAAUAUGUUAAAUUAUUAACUUUUGCAUACUUGCUGUGCUUAGUCUGAGAGAAAGGCAGGAAGAACUUUUUCCAGAGAGUAGUGGUACGGCAUCCAAAAAAUGAAGGCAUUUGCACCCUUUGAGCCAGACCAAUGGGAGAAAUAAUUUGGGAGCUCUGUUGUCAUUCUCCAGUAUUGUUCUUUCCCCUCAAAGCAUACCACUAGUCUGUGCUCCUUAUCUAUUUUAUUCCUUUCCAAAGCUUACACUUCAUGUGCCGAUGACUGCAAACCCCACAACAUCCCCAAUCUGGUGCUUCCCAGGCCGGGAAAAAAGCAAGUCAUGUUAACUUGGUUUUAGUCCCAGAAUUUUGUUCUGUAUAUGUGAUUGAAACUAUAUAUAUAUGUGUAUGUGUGUGUGUGUGUAUAUAUACGCACUCUCAUUGUGCUGAAGUUUAUUAAAAAUGAAAAGCAUGCAA